UUCUCUCUCUCUCUCUCUCUCUCUCUCUCUCUCCAUUUCCCUAUUCUUAAUCUUAAAGUCAGCGCCUGCACCUCUUUUGCUUUGUGUUUACACUGUAAUCUUGGUUGAUGGGGGAGUUUACUUUCAUGGAAGACUGGGAUCUACAAGCUCUGGUGAGAGGAUGCACUACUGAUGCUUUUGCAAAUAUCAUGAACAACGACCCACCAUCUCUCUUCACUCCUCAGAAUCUUGAUCUUGAUGAACUUUUUACCUUCCCUGAAAUCUUUGAAUCUGCAACUGAUUUUAAUGUAAAGGAAGAAAUUUAUGACUCCACAUACCCUGUGUUGCACCAGCACUCACUUUCCACCCAAAGCAACCCUAGGGUCAUAAGCUCCAUCUCUGAGGAGAAACAGCCAGAGAAUCUGCAAAAGAAACACCCUAGGCCUCUUGCUGAGUCUGCUUCUCCUGCAAGCAGAAUUGGUGAUGCAACCUUGGUAGCCAAAUCAAAAAGGAGGAAGAAUCAUCAGAAAAGAGUGGUUAAACAUGUUACAUCAGAUGGUCUCUCAUCUGAUAUGUGGGCUUGGCGCAAAUAUGGGCAGAAACCCAUCAAGGGAUCUCCAUAUCCAAGGAGCUAUUAUAGAUGUAGCAGUUUAAAAGGAUGUUUGGCAAGAAAACAAGUAGAAAAUAGUACAGAUCCAUCAGUAUUCAUAAUAACCUACACUGGUGAGCACAGCCAUCCCCAUCCUACUCGCAGAAAUUCCCUGGCUGGCAGCACCAGAAUUAAGUCCUCCAUGGCCAAACAAGCCAUAUCCAAUGAACCCAACAUGCCACCAAUCAAAGAUGAAUGUUUGGAUACAGUUCCUUCUUCAAUGGCUUCCAUUGAUCAAGAUAAAUUGGUGGGAGAUGUGAAAAUUAGAAGCGACGAAGAAGACCAGGUUCUUGAAGACAGUGGAAGCAAAGAAAUUGUCAUGCCAGACGUAAUCUUCAGCGACGAUUUGUUUCCAAGCUUAGAUGAUUUCGAAGAACUCCUUCUGGAUCAUUAAUCUGCAGCUACUGUUGCCAAUUGUAGUAUAAUGUAAUCUUCUUUUCCUUCCCCAUUUUUGUCUUUGUAAUCUUAGAUUUGUAUAGUCCAUCCGUCUGGCUUUAGAAAUCAGAACAAUGAUACAAUUAAUGUUGUGUUUUAAUAAUAACAUGCGAAAAGAAAUUUUGGUUUUUCAGGUA